GCCGGAAGUCAGGGAGCGCAGCAGCAGUCAGUGACUAGGAUAUGGAGUCCUGCUUUGGAUACUAGAGGGCACACAGUGUGAGCUAAGUUGAGCACAUACAGUGCCGUCGUGGUCUACGAGGAUCCUGUGUCCGCCGCCAUUUUACCGUGGACACGAACAAUUGACUCCUAAACAUCACCACAAAGAUGUCGCCACUGUCCGGAUCUCUAGCGUUUGCUUGCUGCUGCUAAGUGGCUUGGUCACAUCGACGCCCGGAUGUAGAGGUGGGGGCGUGGCCUGCUGUAGAUGCCGGUGCUGUCAGGUUGGUGGCAGCGGCGGUAGCGCAGGGAUGAUGGAGGCGGCAGGUGUCGGAGGAGGAGUCGGUAUAGAAGUGCGGUCUCGGUCUAAGCAGUACGAGAAGCUGGAGUUCUUAGGAGAGGGUCAGUUUGCUACAGUCUACAAAGCAAGGGAUAAGAACACUGAUAGAAUUGUGGCAAUUAAAAAGAUUAAAUUGGGUCACCGAGCAGAAGCCAAGGAUGGUAUUAACAGAACAGCAUUAAGAGAAAUCAAGCUUCUACAAGAGUUAAGUCAUCCAAAUAUCAUAGGUCUUCUGGAUGCAUUUGGCCACAAAUCAAACAUAAGUCUUGUAUUCGAUUUCAUGGAAACGGAUUUAGAGGCUAUAAUAAGAGACACCAGCUUAGUCUUAACGCCAGCGCACAUAAAGUCUUACAUGCUGAUGACCCUGCAGGGCUUGGAAUAUUUGCAUCAUCUCUGGAUCCUGCAUAGGGAUUUGAAGCCAAACAAUUUGCUGCUAGAUGAGAAUGGGGUCCUUAAACUGGCUGAUUUUGGUCUGGCUAAAUCAUUUGGGAGUCCAAACAGAGUUUAUACUCACCAAGUGGUAACAAGGUGGUAUCGAUCCCCAGAGUUACUGUUUGGUUCAAGGAUGUACGGUGUCGGUGUGGACAUGUGGGCAGUUGGGUGUAUUCUGGCCGAACUCCUACUAAGAGUCCCUUUUCUGCCUGGGGAUUCUGAUCUGGAUCAGCUAACAAGAAUAUUUGAGACACUGGGUACUCCAAAAGAAGAGCAGUGGCCUGGCAUGUCCAGUUUACCAGAUUACGUCACCUUCAAGAGCUUUCCAGGCACCCCACUCCAUAUUAUAUUCAGUGCUGCAGGAGAUGACCUCCUUGAACUGCUACAAGGGCUAUUCACCUUCAACCCAUGUGUACGAUACACAACCUCCCAGGCACUAAAGAAAAAGUAUUUCAGUAAUAGGCCAGCACCAACGCCUGGGCAUUUAUUGCCAAGACCCAAUUGUUCUGUAGAAGCGUUAAAAGAGCAGCAAAAUCUUACUCUGGGCAUCAAAAGGAAGCGGGUGGAUGGUCCAGAACAAAAAGACAUUGUGAAAAAGCUGAAUUUCUGACCUCAGACAAGGCUGCAGUACAUCUGACCUGCAAUGCGACUUGCUGCUACUAUGGACUACUUGAACAUUUGAACAUGAGGAACUAUUUUGACAUUUAAAAAGAACUUUGUAAUAUAUUGUAUACUAUAUUCACUUAUUACUAUUGAUAGUAACAGUAUUUUUUGUGAAUAAAUUAUGUUUUAAAAUCCAA